CUUUUUUUUUAUUACUAUUUAAUGGCUACAGUAGUUGAAAUCAUUUUCUUAGGAACAGGUACAUCAAGUUCUGUUCCUACUAUUGCAUGUCUAACCAAUCCAGAAAAGAGUUGUAAAGUAUGUUUAUCUUCACAAACUCCUGAAGGAAGAAAGAAUAACAGGAAAAACACUUCAAUGGUUGUUCGUUUUCGUAAACAUUCGGAUCCUACUGGAUUUAGAUUAAGAAAUGUCCUCAUUGAUUGUGGCAAAACAUUUUAUACUAGUGCGAUUGAAAUUCUUCCAAAAUAUGGUGUUCGAGAAUUAGAUGGCGUUAUUAUUACACAUGGCCAUGCUGAUGCAUGUUUCGGCAUGGAUGACUUGAGGGGUUGGACUUUAGACGGUGUCAUCCAGCCUUAUGUUAAUGUUCAUCUAUCUCCUGAAUCAAUGGAUGUUAUUGGAAGAACCUUCCCCUUUCUAGUAGAUUCCAGUUUAGCAACAGGUGGUGGACAAGUCGCAUUCUUUAAAUAUCAUGUAUUUGAUCCUAAUCGAUCAUUUAUAAUUGAGGGAUUAGAAUUUACUCCUCUUGCAGCUCAUCAUGGUAGUUAUGGAAUUGAAAAGAAACCUUAUAUUUGUUUUGGAUUUAAAUUCGAUGGAGUUAGUUAUAUUUCGGACACUAAUUACAUUCCACCGGAAACAAUGAAAUUAAUCAAAGAGAAAUCAAGAAUAUUUAUAGUGGAUUGCCUGAGAUGUAAGUUCAAUAAAUAA